AAUUAACAAGCAGACCCUCGCCAUAGUAAGAUUCGGGCAAAUUCAAGUGCUAGAGACGGGGUGCGCCGUCACCUCGCUUUCUGCAUCGGGUUACGCCAUUCAUCCAGGGUCAUUCGGUUCACCGGGCUAACGAAAACGAUGGCCACAUCACGGGCGCGCGUGCCUCCGUUUUCCUCAUGACCGACCGGCGGCGGCAGCAGCAGCAUCUGCGUGCGGGUUUGGGUUUGUCUCUUACCGGGCUGGCGUGGAACCGAUCCCACCGUCUGGCGGAGCGUCUGCCAGGCUGAGUCACCACUGGAGUGUUUGAAGGGUCGCUAGAGAGAGAGAGAGAGUGAAAGUGAAGGAGGAGGCUGAGACGUUACAUCACAACGUGGCAGAGAAAGUGAGAAGAAGAGUGUGAGAGAACUGGAGAGCAGAGCGAGGGAACAGGACAGAACCGCCAGCAGGAAGCCGCGCACUGGACUGACCCUUGAACUCUGACCUCGGAGCCAACAUGAACGACCAGAACGUAGUGAAAGAGGGAUGGGUGCAGAAAAGAGGUGAAUACAUUAAGAACUGGAGACCGCGGUACUUCCUGUUAAAGACGGAUGGGUCGUUUAUUGGAUAUAAGGAGAAGCCACAAGAUGCCGAUCUGGCGUAUCCGCUCAACAACUUCUCUGUGGCCAAGUGUCAGCUGAUGAAGACGGAGAGGCCGAAGCCCAACACCUUCAUCAUCAGGUGUCUGCAGUGGACCACUGUGAUCGAGCGCACGUUUCACGUGGACACGCCUGACGAGAGGGAUGAGUGGGUCGAGGCCAUUCAGAUGGUGGCAGACAAGCUGGCCAAACAGGAAGAGGAAGGAAUCCUGUGUAGCCCCAUCUCUCAGAUCGAAAACGUCAACGAGGAAGAGAUGGACACGUCAACCAGUCAUCACAAACGAAAGACAAUGAAUGACUUUGACUAUCUGAAGCUGCUGGGUAAAGGCACAUUUGGGAAGGUGAUUCUGGUGCGGGAGAAAGCCAGCGGCACAUAUUAUGCAAUGAAGAUCCUGAAAAAGGAGGUUAUUGUUGCCAAGGAUGAAGUUGCUCACACGCUCACCGAGAGCAGAGUUCUGAAGAACACGAGGCAUCCCUUUCUGACUUCACUGAAGUACUCGUUUCAGACGAAGGAUCGUUUAUGUUUUGUUAUGGAGUACGUGAAUGGAGGAGAGCUAUUUUUUCAUUUGUCGAGAGAGCGUGUAUUUUCGGAGGAUAGAACCCGUUUCUACGGCGCUGAGAUCGUUUCUGCGUUGGAUUACUUGCACUCUGCGAAGAUUGUUUACCGUGACCUGAAGCUGGAAAACCUGAUGUUGGAUAAGGACGGUCACAUAAAGAUCACUGAUUUCGGCCUGUGUAAGGAGGGCAUCACAGACACGGCCACCAUGAAAACAUUCUGCGGGACCCCGGAGUAUCUGGCCCCUGAGGUGUUGGAGGACAAUGAUUACGGGAGAGCGGUGGACUGGUGGGGUCUGGGAGUUGUUAUGUAUGAGAUGAUGUGUGGACGCUUGCCCUUUUAUAAUCAGGACCAUGAGAAGCUGUUUGAACUGAUUCUGAUGGAGGAGAUCAAGUUUCCCAGAACCCUCUCUGCAGACGCCAAGUCUUUACUGUCUGGAUUACUCAUCAAAGACCCCAAUAAGAGGCUCGGAGGAGGUCCGGAUGAUGCGAAGGAAAUCAUGAGACACAGUUUCUUCACUGCAGUGGACUGGCAGGACGUCUAUGACAAAAAGCUGGUACCACCGUUCAUGCCGCAGGUCUCGUCUGAGACGGACACCAGGUAUUUCGACGAGGAGUUCACGGCGCAGACCAUCACCAUCACCCCUCCGGAGAAGUACGACGAGGACGGGAUGGACUCAGCUGAUAGCGAACGGAGACCACAUUUCCCACAAUUCUCGUAUUCGGCCAGCGGGCGGGAGUGAUGUCAUCAAAUAACACAAUUUAAGGAGCCAUCCUAGAAAGAGCCCCCUCUCUCUCUCUCUCUCUCUCUCUCUCUCUCUCUCUCUCUCUCUCUCUCUCUCUCUCUCUCUCCCCUCCGUUUAAUUACCGAUAGUCAUAGCGAGUCGUUUUUGUUGCUUUCUGUUCGUUUUGUUUUGGGACUUAAAAGGGGUUUUGCACAGUUGGGUGAGACUUGAGCUGGUCGACCCACGUAAAAAGUCUUGUACACUUUCAGCUGCUUGUUUACAGAUCAUGGACAGUGUUUUUUGGGGAAUAUGAUCAGUAUUGUUGGAGCGUUUUUUUUUUCUUUUUUUUUCACUCAUUUAAAAGAGCCGUUGUGGGGAACAAACCAAAAAUGUUGCCUUAUGUGUGUGGAACUCAUCUGACAGACAUGUAGUUAGACGCAGCAGUAGAUCUGUUCCUGUGAGGCUCACAAAUUUAAUUUUGUUCUUGCAUUUUUAACACACACACAUCCUCCGUCUGAGGUGUUGAAGUGUUUCGUUCCUUGUUUGUGUUUUCGGUAAAUAAUGAAAACGAAGAGAAUGGGGAAAAAUGGACUCGAGUGUUGAUAUUUGCGUUUCUCUUUUAGUUUUAUCCCCACGCUCUGAUAUGAAGGUUUCAGUUCAAAUACACCACCAUACAACAAACUGUCUUACUGUAAAAGUCUCUCAGGCAAUUCAGAGCACAAGUGUGAAUCUCAUGAAACCCCCCAAGAACAUGCUCGAGUCAUAUUUCACUGCAAAACCAUAA